GGUAUAAAUCUAACUGCGUCGCUUCUCUCGUCCACCAUUUUGAGAGCUACCGCACUGAAAUUUCAGUGAUACCAGUAAACAUGUCCGACCAGCUUUGCAAACUCUUUGUCGGCGGCCUAAACGUAGACACCGACGACGACGGCCUCCGAAAGCACUUCGAGCAGUACGGCUCGCUAAGCGACUGCGUGGUUGUGGUCAACAAGCAGCUCCAACGCUCUCGCUGCUUCGGCUUCGUCACCUACUCGACGCCGGAGGAGGCCGACGCCGUCAUGGGCGCUAGGCCGCACACCGUCGACGGCAACACGGUCGAGGUGAAGCGGGCUAUGUCGCGGGAAGACGCCAACAAACCCGAAGCGCUCGCCAAGGUGAAGAAAAUCUUCGUGGGCGGUCUGAAGGACGACAUCGAAGAGGACCACCUCAGCGAGUAUUUCUCCCAGUAUGGCCAAAUCGAGAAGUCUGAGGUGAUCUCCGAGAAGGAGACGGGGAAGAAGAGAGGCUUCGGCUUCGUCUAUUUCACCGACCACGACUCCGCCGACAAGGCCGUCGUGAUUAAGUUCCACACCAUUAACGGGCACAAAGUGGAGGUGAAGAAAGCCCUCACCAAGCAGGAGAUGCAGGCGGCCAACAGGGGCGGCAUGGCUCCAAGAGGAAGGUCCGGCCGAAGCAUGAGGGGCAAUCAAAAUGGCUACGGCGGCAGAGACUAUGGCGGAAGCUACAGCUAUGGAAAUGGCGGCGGAGGCUACAACUGCGGCGGGGGCUACGGGGGAUACGGCGGGGGCUAUGGUGGCGGCUACGGCGACCAGAGCGGCGGCUAUGGUGGCGGCAACGGCUACAGCGACUUCGGCAGCGGCUACGGCCAACAUUCCUCCGGCUACGGUCCCAUAAAGGGACACUUCGGCGGCCAGCGGAACCUGGCUCCCUACACUCGGGGAGGCGGUGGCGGCGGCUACCCCAGGGGGGGCUACGGGGGCUACUAGACCAGACGAGAUGCCCCUUACCCAAACACCGAGAACAUCGCCCACCAACUUUCCAGAUUACACCUCCAGCCCCGGAUUUGGACGUCAAAAGUCAAAAGUCGGUAACGGGGGUCGACCCCUACAAACAAAACGAAGACCUCAAAG